UUGCAGGACGUGCCGGGCGCCGUUGCUCCUGAAUUUAAGACAGAAAUUCCGCAAAGAUCGGGACUGGUUUACAAAGCGUAGAAUUUUCUUCUAGAUCUUUGUGACGUCAUCCACGAGAAUGCGCCUUUCUCUGCUCCCAUUAACUGUUGCUGCAUUGCUGUCGCCUGCUACUUCUGAUCAUUCAGACUACCCUGUAAGAACAACGACUAACUGGAACGUAACAUGUUUCAACCUUCCCGAUAAGGACAAAGUAGUCCUUGCAGUGAAGACCCAACCACUCCGGAACAACUUUUCGUGUCAGGGUGUUUGAUGAUGGAGAUGAUGUUUAUGAUGCAACAUGUAGCAGGGCAACCAAUAGAUGGGAUGGUGUCAUCAUAUCAAGAGAGUGGAUAGACCAGCCGAAGUACUAUGAUCAAUGCAAAUCUGCUCAUUUUCCUGGAACUCAGAAGCCAAAAGUCCGCAGCCUACUUGUAACAACCGACGCCCCUACAGACUGGCAGUUACUUUCACUGCCCUUCAAGGAUAGUGAGAUCAAACGAACAUCUGGCGGGAGUGCAGUUUCUUUCGAUCUUCCAGCGAGAGAAGCCGUCUUCAUUCUGUAUCACCCGGAAGACAGAACCAAGUCAGAUUUUGAAUUAUCUCUCUCCGUGAAUAAUGAGCUCAUUCACCUACUCAGUUUCACCCAAACACCCAAUAAGGAAUGGGAUACCGUUGCUAUAUAUGAAGAUUGGAUAAAUCCAAGAUACCCUAACAUUCCUGAUUUCACCAUUCCCAUGAAAUCAAGAUCAUUACAAGGAAGGCGCAUUAAUGUGUCUAGUGAGGUUCCAAUCCAGUGGCAAAUGUUUUAUCUGCCACUAGAAGCAGAAAACGAAGUCGAGAGCACAGCAGAAGGAGAAAUGGAAGAUUGUGCCUUUUUCUGUGUACUGACCAUCGUCAUCAGCUGUCUCUACGUGCUGACGUUAAUUGCUGCAGCCCUGUACAUUUAUCACCUGAAGGCAUCGGCUACACGCUCUCAGGGUACAGACACUGGACCCGUAAACCCUGUCACUCAAGAGAGUCAGUCGGAAAUGGAACGAAAGAAAUCUGGAAACUAUGAGGAACCCAUUUACGAAAACGCUGGAAAUAAUGAAGAUCCUGCAAACACGAAUGCUGGACAUUAUAUGGAGCACAUGCACAAGAGACAUGGAAACUUUCAGGAACCAGACUUAACGAACGGAGAAGACGAAGAAGAACACAUUUAUGAAGAAGUCGACACCAUGCAAGGACAGUAUUCCGCUAGCAUUGAACACCAGAUCUGCUACACACGUGCACCAAAGAUCAGGUUGGACGAGGCCACCAGCGUACUGAAGUUGAUACAUUUGGAUACAUGAUUCCUGCGCUCAAACCAGGCAACAAAGACCAACGCUAUUAAAACUAUGAUUUAGGGUGUCAUCAAUUUCCUUAAGACAAGCUGACUGAGAUGAAUUGAACUGAAUUGAAUAUAAAAUUUACACGAAAGACCAAGCACUGAGACCAAUGAGGUCAUUAAAUGGGACAGACUGAUGUUAGCAAAUUGCAUUUUACUUUAUUUAGAUGGAAGAGAUUAUCAACAGAACUUUCCUCCUAAACUUAGGGAGACUGUGACACUAACUGAACUUUCCCACGAAAGUAAACGAGGCUGUUUAUUAUUAACGGAAUUUUUCUGCUGAAGUGGAGAAGAACGACGUUUGCAUGCUGGAAUUUGCUAAAAAAAAAAAAAAAGUAACGACCUACCGGGAAAGAAAAUGGCGUUUUAACAUUUUAUUUCGCCAGUCGCGUGGAAGAGAAUACUAUUUCAAAACAGGAAUUUAUCAUUCCUGACUUUGGAAUCAGUUGCAAUUACACUGCGCACAGCAAGAGGAAAUCACAUUGAAUUCAGCACCUAAAGGUUAUGUAAGUCCGAAGCAAUCAUAUAGGAGUUUGAAUAAUCAUAACAUUUCUCAAGCAGUGUAUAAACUCUAAUAAUAAUAAUAAUAAUAAUAAUAAUAAUAAUAAUAAUAAUAAUAAUAAUAAUAAUAAUAAUAAUAAUAAAUUAUUUCGUUGGUAAUGUCUAUUUCAACAUAAAAAAUGAAGAAAAGUUUCAUAGUACAUUUAACAUUAAUAAUAGGGCUUCCCAAAAUGUUUGAGUUAUGUAUUGUAAGUCCCUAAGGCUUACAUUUGUC